AUGGACAUGACCGCAGCCCGAGUGACAAAAAAUCAUCGGAAACUCCUGCUGAAGAACGGCCCGGCAGUACCGCAGCCAAGCAGUGCCAUCUCUGGACGGGAAAAAAGCAACGUGGAGAAGCUUGCACGUGCGCAGCAGUCCCGAAAACGGCUCAUGAGAGAAGUGUGUGAGAAAUACAGAAGCAGCAAUGCCAAGAGGACUAUAACACGCAAUCACGUAUCGAGAGUCUUUGUUGCGGACAGAUAUAAGCUUCUGUAUUGCGAGGUGCCCAAAGUGGGCUGUUCUAACUGGAAAAGGGUCCUGAUGGUCCUUGAAGGUCUGGCCUCCUCUACGGGGGAGAUCCAACACGAGGACGUACACUACGGGAACCACCUGAGACGGCUGGAUUCUUUCGACCGUCAGGGAAUCGCGCUGCGUUUGCAGACCUACACCAAAGUGCUCUUCCUGAGGGAGCCUUUCGAGAGGCUCGUGUCCGCUUUUCGCGACAAGUUCGAGAGCCCGAACUCUUACUACCAUCCAGUCUUCGGAAAGCCCAUCAUUUCACGUUACCGUAGCAACGCGUCGCGGACGGCUCUCCGCACAGGGGAAGGUGUUACGUUUAAAGAGUUUAUACAGUACCUGUUGGACGUUCACAGGCCGGUGGGAAUGGACAUUCACUGGGAGCCGGUGGGGCAGCUCUGUAGUCCCUGCCUGCUGGACUAUGACUUCGUCGGAAAGUUUGAGACGUUAGAGGCAGAAGCUAAUUUUCUAUUGAGGAGUAUCGGUGCCCCUACCAAUCUAACCUUCCCCAGUUUUAAAGACAGGAACCCUAACGCGGAGAGAACUUCCUGCCACAUCACCAAGAAGUACUUUUCUCAGUUGAACCUGACAGAAAGGCAGAGAGCCUAUGACUUUUAUUACAUGGACUACCUCAUGUUCAACUACUCCAAGCCGUUUGAAGAUUUAUACUGA